UGAGGCCCCAGUUCUUGACGAAGUGGAGAUAGCAAAGGCGAGGCGUGUUCUGAUUCAUGUCCAAUCACAUGAUGGCCCGGUCAUGAAGCUAUACCUUUGGGAUCAGGCUGCGAGAGAGUUCUGCAAAAAGUUCAAGUCGUACGAGGGCACACCCACUGUGUUACUGGUCACGACCGUAAACACAAAGACUCUUGGAGGUUAUGAUUUCUAUCUAUACUUCAAAUUUCUUACAGUUAUACAUCAGCAUUUUGUGUUCUUUAAUAGGUUUUUCAUGUGACAACAGGUACUCUUGCUUUGACUUCAAUGUCCUCUUCGCGUGUGUUUAUGGACUACGAUGUCCAGCCUACCAUAGAUUACUUCAGUUGGUUGGGCUCUAAUCCAGAUAUUGCUGAGCAGGUUAACGCAGAGGUCGUCACCAAACGUGAGACAAUGACUAUAGGAGAGAUAUUCUCCUAUAUCGAGCAGGAAUCCGCAAAGGUAAACUUAAUCUAUAUAUCUUCAAUCAGUAAGAGAAAUUUAUAUUUUUAUGCAAACUCGCAGGACGCCUUCUUCGAGUGCACGGCUACGAUCGACGACGUCGUGCAUGGUUCUUCUUGGUACUACAUUGCCUGCAGUGGGUGCCAUAGUAAGGUUAGCAAAGGUCCAACUUCGUUGCUCUGCACAAACAAGAAGUGUGGAAAGGUUAACGUAUCUGGUGUUCCACAGUACCUGUCAAAGAUAUCCGUUUAUGACAACAGUGACCAAGCUGUUUUUGUUCUACUUGGAGAUGCCGGUCGUGAGCUGACUGGGAAGCCAGCGUCAGAGUUAGUCAGAAGCUAUUUUGAGGCUAAUGGGAACGAAGGAGUUAACCUUGAGGCGCCUAUUCCAGAAGCUCUAAUCAGCACCAUCGGUCAGAAGCAUAAGUUUUGUGUCAAAGUUACAGAGCAUAACUUAUCGGGUAAGACUCGAUCUCUUACCGUGACCAAGAUCCUCUCUCUAGACACUCCACCAGCCACAGCAUCUUCAGAAGAUAACCAUACUACUGCGACGUCUGAGGAGACAUCCCAAAACCGUGUGGAUUCAGCAGAUGGGAGUAAGGGCGCCUGUUGCAGUUCUGAGCUGGAGAGAGCUAAACGUCGUAAGUGUGGGAACUAGAGUUCUCGUGACACUUCUCAAAGAUUGCAACUCCUAUUCAGUUUACGUGUUUAUCUCAUUUACAAUUGCAUGCAUGUUUUUUCAUUUUGUCUUUUGAAUUAUGAGAGUUUUUUCCUUGACUAUGGUUUUCUCUCAUUUUGAAUUAUCAGAGUUUUUACCUUGACUAUGGUUUUCUCUCAUUUUGAAUUAUCAGUUUUUUCUUCGAGUUAUUUGAUAUCAAAUAUCAGUGUUUUAUUAA